GCCCAGUCCGCGGGCGGCGGGCGGCGGGACGCACGGGGCUGGGGUCUGGGGAGGGACCCGCUGGGCGCAAUGGAGUUGCUCUCGGCACUAAGCCUAGGCGAGCUUGCGCUCAGCUUCUCGCGGGUGCCACUCUUCCCGGUUUUCGACCUCAGCUACUUCAUUGUCUCCAUUCUCUACCUCAAGUAUGAGCCAGGAGCAGUUGAGCUGUCCCGGCGCCACCCCAUGGCGUCCUGGCUGUGUGCCAUGCUGCACUGCUUUGGGAGUUACAUCCUGGCUGACUUACUCCUGGGAGAGCCCCUGAUUGACUACUUCAGCAACAACUCCAGUGUCCUGCUGGCCUCAGCUGUCUGGUACUUGAUUUUCUUCUGCCCCCUGGACCUCUUUUACAAGUGUGUCUGCUUUCUGCCUGUGAAACUCAUCUUUGUGGCCAUGAAGGAGGUGGUGAGAGUCCGCAAGAUUGCGGUGGGCAUCCAUCAUGCACAUCACCAUUAUCACCACGGGUGGUUUGUCAUGAUUGCCACUGGAUGGGUCAAAGGCUCUGGUGUUGCCCUCAUGUCCAACUUUGAGCAGCUGCUCCGAGGGGUGUGGAAGCCAGAGGUCAAUGAGAUCCUGCACAUGUCCUUCCCCACCAAGGCUAGCUUGUAUGGCGCCAUACUCUUCACUCUCCAGCAGACCCGCUGGCUGCCAGUGUCCAAGGCCACCCUCAUCUUCAUUUUCACCAUGUUCAUGGUGUCCUGCAAGGUGUUCCUGACAGCCACUCACUCUCACAGCUCCCCUUUUGAUGUUCUGGAGGGCUACAUCUGCCCUGUGCUGUUUGGGUCAGCCUGGGGGGCUGACCAUCAUCAUGACAAUCAUGGAAUAUCCCAUGGCAGCUUCCAUGGUGGCAGCGGGCCUGGCUCCCAGCACUCGGCCCUACCCGCCAAGUCCAAGGAGGAGCUGAGCGAGGGCUCCAGGAAGAAGAAGACCAAGAAGGCCGAUUAGAGUGUGGCCCCAGGGGGCCCUUGGAGUACCUGGAGAGGACCUGGACCUAUGAACCUCAGAGCCAGGAUGCAGGGAGGCAUCCUGGGCUCAGCUCUCCCCUCUCUAGACCUCAAAUUCCCCAUCUGCAAACUGGGGCCACCAUAUACCAAGGGCUGAUAUGGGGGGGAUAUCAGUGAGAUAUGGGUGGGUGUAAGGACAGUUAGGAAUGGGGAGUCCCUUCCCUCCACCUGCCCCCCAUUAGACCCAGCUUUUUUGUUUUGAGGGGAGGGCCAGAGAAUCACCUCUGCCCAACCAACAUCUCUGGCAGUUAUGCUCUUGGUUAUUUCCUCUUUAAAAUUACGUCUUGAUCCCAAAAGAAUUUCAAGCCAUGUUGAGACUCCUUCAUUUGAUGGACAUUUUCCUAAGUAUCUGCUCUGAUGCAGCUGCUGGAAUUUCUUUUUUUGUCCAUGUUCCUCGGGGAUUAGACCUUCUUCCCAGGCCCAGAAAGUUCCCACUCCUGGGUGUACUGGGCAAGUUGCCUCUUCCCAGCCUCAUGUUUCCCAUCUGUACAGUGGAGACCUCCCUCCUGGCCUCCCCUGCAUGGAAGCGCCCAUAUGAGGCUGGACAUAAACAAGGCUUACACACUCAUAAGCACUGCGCCUUCGGAAGAGGAGCCCUUUAGGAUGUUCCUUGUGCUUGAGAAUGGCUUUGCCCUUAGAUCCCUUGUGUUUGUGGAUCAGAGAACCUUGCAAAGGCUUUUAAUAAAUAUGUCUAGGCCACUCUUGAGAGCUUGGAUGUUGGGGAAGGUUUGUUCUAAUCCUUGACUUCAUUCAGGCUGCCCAGAAAGCAAAGAAAUGCCACCACCCAGGCAGGGGUUCCAAGAUCCAUCGGUGCAGAAGCUCUGAGUGCUCCCUAAUGGGCCCUAGAAGCAUCCCUUGAGCUGAUGUCCUUCAUCACUAAUCAUUCAUCAACAAACAUUGAAGCCUCCCUCUGUGCCAAGCCUUGUGCUGCUGCUGGGUGGGCUAGGAGCUUGUUUCAGGGUGAGUGAAGGGGAUAGUAGCUGAGGACCCCUCCCAGCCGCCUUCCUUGAAGCCUAGACCACCAGGAUGACCAGCAUCACUGGGUGCUGGGGGAGGGGUGGGUGUGUAGGCAUGGCCUGUCUCAGGUGGGGUUUGGGCCCCUGCUGGGUGGCCUGGGGGCUGCCCUCUGCACACAGGUACUUGGGAUAUCAGUCUACAGUUGAGUCCAGAUCGGCACAGGUUUGGUGAGACCCCAGGUGCUGCCCAGCUUUUUGAAAGUGCCUUGAUGGGGAGCUGGGUGGGUCCUGAGGCUACAAGGCCUCUGGAUUUCUCCUUUGCAUGUCCAGCAAGACUCAGUGUUAAGAAUCAACAAAUAAAUGUUGUGAAA